AUACAGUACCCAAAAUUUAAUAGGCAUGCUAGGGCUAGAAAACAAUCACUACAGUUCGAAAUGCUAUCAAGAGAACAGUUGCUUCAUCUCUUCGAUCGAUUCUCCACUCUCACAUCUCAAAAUGAUGUCAAGAAACGAAUUGCAGAUGCUGUCAACGAUAACCAGGAAGCUGUAGCUGUGACCACUGCUAUACAGGAGGAAAUACUAAAGGAAAUGGGAGUUGAUCCAGCUUAUGGGCUUGCUUGCUUGGGGAAAAUAAACAUGGACUAUGAAAAUGAUCGGGAUUUAAUGGUUCGCUUUUAUGCAUUUGUAGCAAAGGAAGAAAUGGCAUGUGAAGAAGCCGAGCUUGGUCCAGAUGAAUAUUCUGAAAGAUUGCAAAUGCAACAAACGUUACAUUCACAUCAAUUGGAGAUGUUGAAACACAUGCGAAACUAUGGUGUGGAUCAUCAGUCUGCUAUCUUAGAGAAGUUAAGGCAGAAAAUGGAGAAAGAAGAAUUUGAAAAUGAAGCAUUUGUGUUUUCGGUGGAUGAAAUGAAUGAGAUUGUUGAAAAUGGAGUGUAAAGGGGUUUUAUUUGUUUAUUAUGUGCUUUAUUUGGUGUUCAAAUAUUAUGUAUCACCAUUUUUAUUCUAGGAUUUGAAGCAUCAUCAUUUUUAUGUUAAUUUAUUGGACAAAUUAUAUAAAACCCACUAAAUUUUGGUUUAA